AUGAAAAAGUCUAAAUUAUCGAGGAUUACGGUAGUUUUGGUGCCAUUUCACGUGACUCACUCUCCCGACCCUCCGCGCAGCUCGGUCUCCAGCGGAAGUGCAUCUACCGACCCACAUACCGACAUUCUCGUGCCGAGUAGCGACAAGGAGGGAUGGUGCCGGAAUAAGAAAUACAUCGAAAAAGUCCCCGCCGGAUAUAUGUGCACCGUUUGCAAGAAGGUCUACGGACGGUACAAUUCUGUCUCUUACCAUGUGACAAUCUACCACCGUAACCCACCAAUCCGAUGCGAGCAGCCGGGGUGUAAUUUCACAACGCGAGAAGCCCGAUAUAUCCAUUUCCACAAGUACUACCGGCAUCACAUUCCGCUGCCGGAUACGAUCGAUUUAGGCUCGAGAAAAUGCCCAUUCUGCCGGCACGUCAGCAAAAGCCCGGCGAUGCUCGAGAAGCACAUUGCGCGGCAUGUCCCGGGGGAUAGAACGACAACUACUACCCCGCUAUCAGUCCCGCUGGCCGUCUAUCCAUCCCUAAACGUCUCGCUGUCGACCGGCGCCUUCUCAUUCCCCUCAAUCCACCAUCAACCCCAGCAGAUACACUGUACACAGUGUCAUUUUACGACAGACACCGUCCUUUCCCUCAGCCAUCACCUCACCGCCGCCCACGCGUCACUUACCUUUACCAAAUGCACCCUAUGCGAUUUCGAGUCGACAAAUGCAAGCCUACUGCUCCAACACAUCCAGGAGACCCAUCAA